UAUUCUUAAAAAAUGUUUUAUAAAACAAAAUCUGUUUUUUUAAUUUUUCUGUUUAGUUUUUUUUUUGGAAAUAUACUUUUAAUUAACAAUAAAGGAAGAAUAAAUAUAUUCAAGUCCUUAUACGGUAGUAGAUAUGUGUUUGAUGCUAAAUUUAUUACCAUUCCAAGUUGUAUAUUAGGCCUAAGAGAGUUUGUAAGGUGCAAGGCUUUAGAAAUGACUUUUGUGAAUGAGAAAAAAAUUUUUGCAGAAAUUCUUUUGCGUUAUGAUGAUAACAGUAGUACUAGUCAUUCAAAAACUAAAAUAAAUCUUAUAAUCACUUUUGAAAAAGAAAACAUUAUUUUAAGUCACGGAAAUAGACAUGUAUAUUGCUCAUACGACAAAAAUGGUAUUAAUACAUUGCAGACAUCUAUCAAAAACAUAGACUAUAAUAUUCAUUUCAAAGUAGUUAAAAUCUAUAAUAGUAAUCUCCCUAUUAGUGGGAAUUUAGUGAAUGAUACAGUUUAUGAUGAGAAAACCAUAAACCAACUAAAAAAAAUCGCAAAUUUGUUUUUAUGGAAAUAUGCCAAGGAAGAUCUUGUUAAAGUUUUAUAUCCUUCAGUACAUUAUGUAACACUUCAAAAUUUCAUUAAUAAUUCAACAACAUACCAAUGUACUAUUGAAAAAACCCUAACUGGGGCAAUUGAAACCAUGAAUUAUCGAACUGCUAGGUAUGCGUGUUUACUUGUCGUAUAUGCAUAUGAAACACUAUAUAUCAAUGAAUCACAAAAAGAAUAUUGGGAAAAAGUAAUAAAACUUUUAAAUGUAUUGAGUGAAGCACAGGAAUAUUUGAAGGCCCAUGACGAAAGAAGUCUUUUAUUUAUUAAUAUAUCAUAUGCCUUAAAUCAAAUAAAUCCUGAUUCUUAUGAUAAAUUGUUCAAGUUGAAUUUUUUGGUGGAAAAAUUCGUAACACAGAUUUUAACAUCUAAGGAUAUUAAUAAAGAAGAUUUAAAAGAGACCAAACAUUCAAAAUCGUACGAAACGAAUACACACAAAUUACCAGUAGACAUAUUGAUAAAAUUAUUCCAGGGAUUUCCCAAACCUCUAAAAAAACACUUCUUCGCAUACAAUUUUGAUGUCAUACCAUUUUCACUCGAUAAAAUACAUCAAAAAUUGUUUACAAUUGUUGAACUUAUUGAAACAGAGUACGAAAUAUUUUUAGAAGAAAAUAAAUAACUUUUGAUCAUUUUGUUUGUAUAAUAAAUAUUAAUUUUCUAAAAAUCAUUACAAUAGUUCAAUUAAACGUGUAUUCUAUUAUAUAUAUUACCAAUUUUCUAUUAAUGUAAUAUAAAUACGAUAAUCAUUUAGAUAAGAAGUAAUUUGUAUAUUACUGACGUAGGUGAUUACAGUAGGUGGUUCAAAAAAAAAAAAUAUAAAACAGAAAAGUGCCACUGAGGUGGAAGAGGUGCUUCAACUCAAAAAACGAUUCUAUCAUUAAAAUGAUUACUUUACAAUUUUAUCGAAAAUCGGGGUAUACAAAUUAUAAAAAAAUACUUGAAUAAUUCGCAAAGAUUUCAAUAGUUUAAAAAUUAAACCCAUCAAUUUUAAACAUAUGCCUCGGUAAGAUAAGAAUCUAACCCAUCUUAUAUGAUAAAUUAAAAAUGAUUUUUACUUUUUGUUAUAACAAAAAAAAAUAUACUAUACAUAGAGUGAUUCUUUUAUCAUGACCAUAAGAUAAAAGGCCAAUGAAAGGUUACUACUCCUACAUAAAAAAUAUUAUGCACACGAGUCUGUAUGAUCUGUGACUAUCGUUAUAUUUUAUGUAGCUAUUUAGUCAUCUCCGACAACUUAUAACUGUAUAUUACUAAAACUCUUUCAGUGAAGGUUUACUAUAUAAACAAAUGGUUUCACAUAACUCUCUCUAAUUAUCACAACAACACAAAUAUUCGGUUGUAAGGACUCUUGUAGUCGAUGUUAGCGAUAUGUGUGCACAUACGUCCUUGUACGCACUUGAAACUAUGCGACUUUUAGUACUAAAUAAAUUCGCGUGUAACUGUUUCUCCAGUACGACACUAUUUUAAAUCUAUUCAACGUUAAAUCGAUUAAUGUAUUGGUCCCAACACAUUAUUUUG